UACAUUCUCCUUCUUAAAUUUUCAUCAUCAAUACACUUUCAGUUGUGUAGAUCACUGAAAUCUAAUGGGGAUUCUGAAUGUAUCAACUUUCUUGUUGGCACCUGACUUUCUUGAAUGCAGAUAUGUUGCUGGAUGGUGCAUUAGUACGGUCGUCAAACGCUACUCCUAAUCGAAGGAAACCAAGGAGAAGAUUACGACAAUAAGCUAACAUUAGGAGAUGGAUUAGCGUACCUGAUGGGAUUAAGAUGAGUACCUACGGUGGACACUUUUUAUCUCCUCAGGCAACAGAGGCGCCGAAGCGAGUAAGAUAAGAUUUGCACACCGAGCAAACCGAUAACUGAUACCUAAUCCACCGAUCGGAGUCUAAAGUUAGAUAUCCAGCUCCCGGGCCUCCGAACAAUUGCGUUCCGUUGCCUCUGUGAAGGGGAUUCAUGGCGAUCACCAUCUCCAUUAAUCCUCUCUUUAUACCCCUCAAGAUCUCGUCUCCUUUGCCAUUCUCCUUCCUGUGGAUUCUUCGGCUUGAUCUCGUCCAAAAUGGCAGGAGGCGCCAUGGUUAGAACAGACGGCGGCAGAGGAAAGGGGUACCCUGCGCGGAUGACCCUCUACGUCUUCCUCACCUGCGUCGUGGCCUCCUCGGGAGGCCUCAUUUUCGGCUACGACGUCGGGGUCUCCGGAGGGGUGACAUCGAUGGAUUCGUUCUUGUUGACGUUCUUCCCGUCGGUGUAUAAGAAGGAGAAGCAGGAUCGGAGCACCGGCAUCUACUGCAAGUUCGAUAGCCAGCUCCUGACCGCCUUCACUUCUUCGCUGUAUGUGGCGGCGCUCCUCACCUCCUUCGUUGCGUCCUUGGUGACGGAUUUCUUUGGGCGGAAGUGGUCCAUGUUCCGGGGAGGGAUGGCCUUCAUUCUCGGUGCAGGAAUCAACGCCACGGCCGACAACCUGUUCAUGCUCAUCCUCGGCCGCUUCCUCCUCGGCGUGGGUGUGGGAUAUGCGAUCCAGUCGGUGCCGAUCUAUCUCUCCGAGAUCGCACCUCCACGGCUCCGCGGAAUGCUGAACAUCAUGUUCCAGCUCAUGGUCACCAUCGGCAUCCUCAUCGCCAACAUCAUCAACUACUUCACCAACAAGAUAGAGGGGGCGUGGGGGUGGCGAGUCAGCCUGGCGUUCGCCUGCGUCCCCGCCGCCAUCAUCGCCGUCGGCUCGCUGGUCCUCCCCGAGACGCCCAACUCCCUCAUCGAGCGCGGCCACACCGAGGAAGCCGAGGCCACGCUGCGCCUGAUCCGCGGCGUCGACGACAUCAGCCUGGAGUUUAGCGACCUCGUGGCGGCCAACAAGAGGUGCAAGGAAAUCAGGGACCCCUGGUCCGUCAUAAUGGAGCGGAAGUACCGCCCCCAGCUCGCCAUGGCCAUCCUCAUCCCUUUCUUCCAGCAAUUGACGGGCAUUAACAUCAUCAUGUUCUACGCCCCCCUGAUCUAUAAGGCCGUGGGUUUCAGCGGUCAGACCUCCCUCGUGUCAACAGUCAUCAUCGGCACCGUCAACGUCGUUGCCACCUUGAUCUCCAUCAUCACCGUCGACAAGGUCGGUCGCAGGGGGCUCCUCUUGCACGGCGGAGUUCAGAUGCUGAUAUCUCAGCUGAUCGUGGGGACUCUGAUCACGCUCAAGUUCGGAUCAACGGGGGAAGCGACAGAUAUCUCCAGGGCGUACGCCAGCUGCGUCUUGUUCUUCAUCUGCGUCUACAUAGCGGCCUUUGCAUGGUCAUGGGGGCCGCUGGGGUGGCUGAUCCCCAGUGAGAUCUUAUCCCUGGAGAUCCGGUCGGUGGGGCAGUGCAUCGCCGUGUCCGUCAACAUGUUCUUCACGUUCUUGAUCGCACAGAUCUUCCUCACCGCACUCUGCCACAUGAAGUAUGGGCUCUUCUUCUUCUUCGCGGGGUGGGUGGUGGUCAUGACCGUCUUCGUAGCGCUGUUCCUGCCGGAGACCAAGAACAUUCCCAUCGAAGAGAUGAGCCUGCUGUGGAAGGAGCACUGGUUCUGGAGCAGGUUCAUCAAGGAUGAGGAGAACACGGAGACGGGGAACUUGGGGAGGCCACGGGGGUGUUACAGUAGAGUACAAGUAGCAGCAAAGGUGUUUAGUCGGAAUAGAGUAUGAGAGAGAGGGUAGUGAAGUCGGUAAAUUAUGGGAAAUUGUACAUGUUCCAAUUUUUUAUAUACGUUUGAUUACUCGUUGAGGUACAGCAAAAAUUAUGUGUUUGGCCCUCUCCCAUUUCUCCAUGAUUUCCAUUCCAUUGUUUGUGGGAGACUGAGAAACACAGUAAAAUAUAAAUUUUCAAAAAUGAAUACUAAGAAA